AUGAAGGCGCUCAGGCGAAGCAUAAAGGGAGAGAAGGAAAACAAGGCCCAACAUAUAUCAAUUGCUCCCAAGCAAGCCAUAUCUAUUGUUCCUCCGAAAAAGGUAAUCCGCGCACUCUACGACUACGAGGCGCAGUCAAACCAGGAAUUAGGAUUUCAAAAGGGCGACUUUUUCCACGUUAUCGGCCGCGAAAAUGAUACAGAUUGGUACGAAGCAUGUAAUCCUGCAUUGCCAGAUGCCCGAGGAUUGGUGCCAGUAGCUUUUUUCCAGGCUCUGGGUAAAACUGAGAGAGACAGCGGACAAUCCGACACGUCGCCGCAGCUUGUGAGAUUACCUGAUCAUGACUCUGGAUACUCCGAUACCUCUGGCUCGGGCACUUUGGUCGGGGUAGACUCGCAACGCGCGUCGAAAUCAAGUCCUAAAGGGCAAGGCGCGAUGGUAUAUGGAAUUGUAAUGUACGAUUUUGCCGCGGAGCGUCCGGACGAGCUCGAUGCAAAGGCGGGAGAAGCAAUUAUUGUCAUUGCACAAUCGAACCCUGAGUGGUUUGUUGCUAAGCCUAUUGGAAGGUUGGGAGGUCCCGGACUCAUCCCAGUGUCGUUCAUCGAAAUCAGAGACAUGACGUCUGGCCAGGCCGUACCAGAUGCGCAUGAGGCCGUCCAGCGAGCGGGUGUUCCAAAGGUAGAGGAGUGGAAGAAGAUGGCCGCGGACUACAAAAAUAGCAGCAUCACCCUUGGGAAAUUUGAGGUACCCAAUUCUCAGCAGCAGGGAUUGGAGCAAGGCAUGGAUAGAUUGAGUCUUCAGCAACAGCAGAACAGUCGGCAAAGCCAGCAAAAUGGCCAGGGCUAUACUCAACCAGCAGCUCGACAGUCGCAGCAAGCUAGACCUCCCCAACAAGCCCAACAACAACAACCACAGCAGGCAUUGUAUGCCGCGAAAUCAAGCUCACAACUCUAUGCCCCAAUAUCGGCGCGAAUACCUCGAUACUGUUUUGCUGAGGAUAAAUACUGGUUCACAAUUGAGGCGGCCCUUGAGGAUGGGCGACAUUGGGAGCUUUCCCGAUACUAUGAAGAUUUCUACGAUUUCCAGAUUGCUCUUCUAACGGAAUUCCCGGCAGAGGCAGGCAACACCGGUACCCAGAAGCGGACGCUGCCAUACAUGCCAGGGCCAGUUAACUAUGUCACGGAUGCUAUUACCGAGGGAAGACAGCACAAUUUGGAUGCAUAUGUCAAGAACCUCCUGACCCAGCCACCAUACAUUUCAAGGUGUACGCUCGUGAAGCAAUUCUUCGCGCCACGGGAAGGCGAUUAUGAGAUUGAUCCAAAUGCUGCUAACGAAGAGUAUCGAUUAUCUGGAGGAUCGCAACACUCAUCAAAUGCUCCAAGCAAUGGGGCAUCACGACAGUCAUCACGUGGAAAUUUGAACCAUCAGCGCAACCAGCCUUCGCUCUCGGUCAAUGGAGCGGGUCAAGGACAACCACGCCAGGUAUCAUCUCUUUCGCAGCCAUCUAGCACAUCGCUGUCCCCCGGUGUCAAUGGUGGCCAGCCCCCAUCUGCGAUGAAAGUCAAGAUUUACUUUGGGGAUGAUCUUAUCGCUAUCCGCGUGCCCACAGACAUUCAAUACCCACAACUUCAUGACAAGAUCCGGGAUCGUUUAAAGAUUCCACCAGGCGAGGAGAUCGUGCUAUCCUACAAGGAUGAAGCAAGCGGAGAAAGACCUACUUUGAUGAGCAACAACGAUCUUGAUGUUGCCCUUACACGGAAUGACAAGCUCGUUAUCUAUGUGGAAUAUAGUUGA